CUCCCACCUCCAACUCCUAGCAUCUGGCUCUCAGCCUCCUGACCUCCUGCUCCAGUUUUCAAUUCCCAGCUCCAAACCUGGUCCUUGUCCUCCAUGGCGCUGGCUCUGAUGCUGGCCGUCCUGGUCCUCACUGCCUGCAGCCCAGGCACCCAAGGUAGUGACAGUGGGGCUCUCGAUUGCUGUCUUAAGUACAGUCAGAAGCAGAUUCCAGCCUCUAUCAUCCGAAGCUACAGGCGGCAAGAACUCAACCAGGGCUGCUCCAUCUCGGCCAUAAUAUUUACUCCCUGGAAAAGCUCACAGGCAGAUCUGUGUGCUGACCCCACCAUGAAAUGGGUGCAAGACCUGGUGAAAAAGCUUGACAAGCAUGGGGGAACCCUGCCCAAACCCAAACCCCGAAACUGCAGAAAGGAGAAGGGAUCCACCAGGCCAGGCAAGAAGAGCCGAGAGACCAGGAGCUGCAAGAGAACUGAGCAGACUACAACCUCCAAAAGACCCGCUACCCAGUGAUGGCAUCGAAGAUUCCAUUGACCCUGGUCCCCUCACUGCCGCCCCCUCUUAAUGUCCCCACACACACACCUCCACCCCACCCCAUCCCUGCCCGGCUCUGAGCCAUAAUAUUCAGGUCGUGGAAAACAACUAGGCAUGACUCCUGGUUCUAGUCCCAUGCCUGCCCAGCUCACCCUGGAGACUCCCUCUUUCUUAUGCUUUGAGUUUUCUGUCUAUGUUCCCAGGCCCUCAAAGGCCUAGAGCUGCAGAAACAAUGCAAGAUUUCCCAGAGCGAGGUAGGGGGAUGAGGGGUUGACCCAGCCCUUCCUGGGAAAGGUUUCCCCUGGUCCUCCCCUGGGGCCUGACUCUGGUCCCUAUCCCUAUUCUGUCCCUUUCCCCAUAGCCUAACCCUGCCACUGCUGCUGGCAAUAAUGAUUGACUUGUCCCUCCCCUCAUUGUAAAUACUUUUUGUAUCUAGACUCAAU